AUGGCAACAAACUCUAUCAAUCCUAUCCCUUUCUCGGAGCCGCCUUACUUGCGUGGCCUGCCCUCCCCAUAUAUUACCGAUGCUCACCGUCAUUUUCAGCAAGCAUGCCGCAAAUUCGCGUGGGAGCACCUGCUUCAACAUGCAAUGGAGUGGGAGAGGGAGGGUACUGUGCCAGAGCAUGUAUUCCAAACAUUUUGCAAGCAUAACAUGCUGUUGCCCAACAUGCCCGCCCCCCUUCCCGUGGACUGGCUGAAACGCCUUGGCAUCAAUGAUAUCCUCGGUGUCAAGGUUGAGGAUUGGGAUUAUAUUUACACUGGAAUAUAUGCCGAUGAGCUGGCUCGAUCGGGUCUAAGUGGCCCUGGCGGCUCUCUGAACGCUGGCUUUGCCUUUGGAAUCCCACCCAUUGUCAAAUUUGGCAGCAAAGAGUUGCAAGAACGAUUUCUCCCUGACCUUCUCACCGGAAAGAAGCGCGCUUGUAUCGCUAUCACAGAGCCCGAGGCUGGUAGCGACGUUGCGAACAUAGUUACCACUGCAGUCAAGAGUGAUGACGGCAAACACUACAUUGUGAAUGGCACCAAGAAAUGGAUCACCAACGGCAUCUGGUCAGACUAUGCGACUAUGGCAGUUCGUACUGGCGGACCAGGUCCUACCGGACUUUCAGUCAUGAUCGUACCUCUCAAGAACCACCCAGGUGUCACAAUGCGCCGCCUCAAGGUCUCUGGCCAGAAAGCCGGCGGAACAACGUACAUCGAACUUGAUGAUGUCGAAGUUCCAGUGUCCAACCUAAUCGGCAAGGAAGGCGAGGGCAUGCGCAUCAUCAUGACCAACUUCAACCACGAGCGCUUGAUUAUUUCUGUCGGUGUCACGCGCCAGGCUCGUGUGGCUUUGUCUGCCGCGUUCUCUUACUGCCUCAAGCGUGAAGCCUUUGGGAAAACUCUGAUGGAUCAGCCUGUGGUGCGGCAUCGACUCGCCAAGGCUGGCGCUGAGCUCGAGACCAUGUGGGCUUGGGUCGAGCAGAUUCUUUACCAGCUGUGCCAUCUUAGCAAAGAAGAGGGUGACCGCCAGCUGGGUGGAUUGACGGCUUUGGCUAAGGCGAAAUCCGCCAUGGUACUUAAUGAGUGUGCACAGGUUGCUGUUUUGCUGUUUGGUGGAAAUGGUUUCACUCAAACCGGUCAGGGAGAGCUUGCAGAGGCCAUCUACCGUGAUGUUCCUGGUGCCCGCAUUCCUGGUGGCUCGGAGGAUGUUCUCCUCGACUUGUCUGUCCGUCAAUUGGUCAAGAUCUACCAAGCCCAGGAGAAGAAGCUUUCCCAAAGUUCAAAAAUCUAG